CCUGGCUCCGGGGGACCCCGCGAUGCCGGUCCGCACUGAGUGUCCCCCACCGGCCGGUGCCUCGGUCGCGUCCGCGGCCUCGCUCAUCCCGCCGCCGCCCAUCAACACCCAGCAGCCCGGCGUGGCCACCAGCCUGCUCUACAGCGGCUCCAAGUUCCGCGGCCACCAGAAGAGCAAGGGGAACUCGUACGACGUAGAGGUGGUGCUGCAGCAUGUGGACACGGGGAACUCUUACCUUUGUGGGUACCUGAAGAUUAAAGGCCUUACUGAGGAAUAUCCAACCCUUACGACCUUCUUUGAAGGAGAAAUAAUCAGCAAAAAACACCCUUUCUUAACUCGGAAGUGGGAUGCCGAUGAAGACGUGGAUCGGAAACAUUGGGGCAAGUUUCUGGCUUUCUAUCAGUAUGCAAAAUCAUUUAAUUCAGAUGACUUUGAUUAUGAAGAGCUGAAGAAUGGGGAUUAUGUCUUCAUGAGGUGGAAGGAGCAGUUCCUGGUCCCAGACCACACAAUCAAAGACAUCAGCGGUGCUUCCUUUGCCGGGUUCUACUACAUCUGCUUCCAGAAGUCGGCAGCCUCCAUAGAGGGCUACUAUUACCAUAGGAGUUCAGAAUGGUAUCAGUCGCUCAAUCUAACCCACGUUCCUGAGCACAGCGCACCCAUCUAUGAAUUCCGGUGACAGUGGUUCAGACAGCAACCAAAUAAAACUGAACUUGGCAAAAAAGAACUUUGCCAAGAAAAUUGUGUGCCUGCCGGAGCCAGGAGAACACGUGUUCCUGUUUCCUCACGAGCAGACGCGCAUCAGAAAGCGUGGAUGUGGCCCCAAGUCCUGGCGGCCACAGGCAGGGGAGGGCUGUACCCAUUCUCCCUCCCUUUCUGUGGCAAUUUGCUCUUAGCCCGUUUUCAAGCUACCUUAUGUGCACUUUUCCUUCUGCACAGCUGACUUCCGCAUCACUGAAAUGCCCAUCUUCCCUCCGUCCCUGCCCCCGGCCACCCUCAGCCUUGGUGCUCAGUGGUUCCCAUCCGAGACCCUCGCCCCUAGUUGCUUAGUCUGGUAGCUCAAGAAAAGGCAGAGCCCCAGCACAUGUGUGCCCCCCAGAGCUGCUGUGCAGGGAGUUGGCGAGCUGUAGCAGCAUCCGCCAAAGAAACAAGGCGGAGGCUGAUUGUUUAACAGUCACUUGGCACUGCCCAGCCCUGUAAUGUUCACCAGCUCCAAUGGCUGGCAGAGCCUGCCGUCGGGUCAGUAAAUGUAAGGCUUCCAGAUCCCUGGCGGGAAUGGAUUCCAGGCUGCUUAGCACAUUCGCUCCGAACUUUUGAACUUGAGGGCAAUACUAAACUUUUAAAAAAAAGGGUUUUUUAUUGCAAAAUUAUUUUUAUGAUCCCUUGAACAAGGACCCUAUGGCAAAUGCACAAUUAUUCAGAAUUACAUUUUAUCGUUUUCACAUUGAAAACAACAAAUGUUGACUUAGUAAUUUUUAUACUUAUAUCUAUAUAUAAAUGUAUAUUUAAUCAACCAGCAGUUUGAAACUGGUCGUCCUGGUACAAAAGUUUUGCAGCAUUGCAUAAAUUAUAGUGCUAAAUGUGAGAACUGUUUUGGGGGCCAGUUUAGCAUUUGUACCUCCUCCUCUUGCUGCUCAGAACAGCAGUGCUUCAUGGUGAUCUCUUUCAUCCCGCAGAAGGGCCGCCAUUCUCCUAAAAGAGCGACUGAAAUGUUGGGACAGGGGAGGGGCAGGGACAUGAACAUGCUCAAGUAACUCGAGGCUCACGUGCCAAACCACAUAACGACGUGCACCGGUUGUACUGGGAAAAAUGAAGAAGUGGUACCUUCUUAGAUCUUUGGGACACAUCUGUGGCGAAGAUUUGUCCGCGUAAAACCUACCCAUUGAGGACAAGGAAGGGAUUGUUUUCCGCUCCUCACAGUAACUCCCACGCCAUCCACAUCGACUCCUUUUCUCACUCAGCUCCUGAAGGCAUUUUGGGGAUCGUCUCCAUCAGCAGUUGUGCUUUCAGGAGCCUCUCAGUGGUUUUUAUGCCUCUGGUGUUAUGUGCAGUGUUUUUGAUGACACUUGUAUUCAUCGUUCAGAAACUAGUAUAGAUGGCAGAUUUCCUACCGUCUUCCUCUGCCACAAACCAGCCUGCCGGGAGGUUCUUACUGCUCAGAAAGCUUCCACCCCGCGGCCCGGCCUCCCUUCCACUCACCCCUCCUUUACACUUCACAGCUCUUCAGUUGCUGUCCAAAAGCACCUGAGCCAUGCCUGACACGAAGCAGAAAGCUCAUCUGUGAGCCGGUUUUGCUGGUGAUGUGGAAAUUACAAACUCCAGGGGCUUUUCAAUGCCACUUGCUUUCAGAAACAGGGAAUUUCUAUUGUCUCUAAGGCCUUGAAUUGAUUUUUUUCCUCAUAAAAUAGUCUGAUAAGCUAAUUUUUAAAAAGAAAUGCCAUUAAAUGUGUUGCAUUGUGGUUUAAAAUUACUAAUGAGUUCUGGGGGAAAAAUAUUUGAUUUUGAGUCUUAUAUGUUUUUUAAAGUUAGAUGUGAAUGGGCACAGAGUACGAAUAUUUUUGUUUCUUUAGGCAGGACGCGUGGAAGGGUUGAGGGUGGGGAUGGGAGAAGUAUUUUGCAGAGCUAUCAAUGUCCAAAUAAUUUUUUAAAAAAUAAUAAAGGUAUUUAAGCAGUGA